CGGGCUUGAUAGUUGCGUCUUUCGCGGUGCCCGUUUUCGCAUUUUUUCAUUAGUUUUCGCAGUUCUAAUUUUCCUUCCUAAUCAUCUCUGGCACUUUUAAGUUUUACAAUGAUUCAAGGCUUUUUCCGAAAAAUUUCAAACUUUGUCUCUGGUACCCUAAACACAGAUCACAAUCGCAAGAGAAGUGUCAAUCUAAUGGUUGUGGAGUCGUAACCCAAAAAGCAUGCCCAACAAGUCCCAAUAUAAAUUAAAAGGAGCUUCAGAGUUUCUGAAGUUCCCAGACCUCGGCAAACCAACCAAAUCUCGGCACUCUGAAAGUGAGACUGAUUUAGGACUACCACGGUACGAUUAUCACAGCAAGAUGCGCAAGGUAGAACCCCAACCAGGUCCCUCAAGCGUCGAAUCUGCUCCUGCUGCCGCUGCUGGUGCUGCUGCUCCUCAGACACAGAGCAAGCCAAACACAUUUAGCAGCAAGUGCUUCCAGGUCUUCAAACCUGCCCCUGAGAAGCGCAAGGAAAAUUUGGCAGAUGAGACUGAUGUACAGAUAUUGCCUAACCCUGUUAGUGCUUCUGCAAAAUGCAGUGCAUUCUCUACUUACCAACAAAGACAACCUUUGACUAACAGACAACCACCUGAGGAGGAAGAUAUCAAAGUCCUGUCACAAAGAGAGGUCCAAAAGAGGCACACAUUAGCUUCUGCAGGCCCAUCAGGCACCAAUUGGUUGAGGCCUGCACAGAGCAGACCUCCUUUCUCCUAUUCAAGAAAGGAAGCUUGCACAAGCACACCUAAGCGCUCUUGCUUCACAAACAGAAAGGUUUGUGUGGACAGUAAAACCAUUCGGCGUGACACUCGGCAGGUCAGUUUGCGCAGCCUCCUUUACAACAAUGAAGAGAAAACAGCAUACCGACGUCUGAUCAUGCAAGCUGCCAAUAUGCCCUCCAUGGUGCAGUUCAGAACCCCCAUUUUCCUGGAGAAAAAGAAAAUACCUCUGAUUGACCUCACGCUGGAUGAAAGAAAUAUCCUCCCUGAUUUGACUUCCAAGUCUAAAGAAGUGAAGAAGCUGGAAAUUCCCGCAUUCAAGAAACCUGAGGUCAUCACACUUGAUGCUGAAUUCAAGCCAAAAGCCCCAGUUGUGGCCAGAAAUUCCUUUGGAGAUUCUCUGAAGGACAAACCAUUCAUGAAAGAGGGCUUUGCUGAAGGAAUCUACGACAGGUACAGCGACAAACAGCAAUUGCGCGCCAAGGACAUUGAGCAAACCAAGAAGGACGUUCAGCUGCUUGAGGUUCAUUCCCGUAGCGUGUUUGAAUUCAACAGUGUUGCCAGAGCGCUGAAGCUAGCCACUCUCUUUGACAUCGAAAAGGAAGAGGAGAUCGAGGAAAUUGAGGAGGAAAAGCUUCCUGAACUGCCUGAUGAGGCUUAUAUUAUUGUGGACAAGGCGCUUUAUCCGAGACCCCCACAAGAAGUCCUUGUGUCCGGAUUUAAUGCAGACAUCACACGCAAGGACAUCAGCACCUUGGCUGACCGCAACUGGCUCAAUGAUGAGGUCAUUAACUUCUACAUGGAACUCAUCAGAGAGCGUGGAAACUUGGACAACUUCCCUAAAGUGCACACCUUCAACACUUUCUUCUAUCCUAGAUUGCGACAGACUGGCUAUUCAGCCUUGAAGAGGUGGACCAAAAAGGUGGACAUUUUUGCGCAAGAUCUCAUUGUGAUUCCGAUCCACUUGGGCGUUCACUGGUGCAUGUCUAUUCUGGAUAUGAAAAACAAACACGCACACUACUUUGACAGCAUGCUGACAUCCAAUCCAUCUGUUUUGACGCUGCUAAUGAAAUAUUUAGAGGAGGAAAGCGUGGACAAGAAAAAAGUGCCUUAUGAUACAAGCAAGUGGAAGCUGAUUCAAGAAAAGGAAAUCCCAGUGCAACACAACGGCUACGACUGCGGCGUGUUCGCGUGCAUGUUUGCCGAGGCUGGUUCUCGAAGAGGGAAAUUCCUUUUCACGCAAGAUGACAUGCCAGAUUUGCGGAAGAGGAUGGUGUAUGAAAUUUUGACCAAGAAACUGCUAACCUAAUUACUGUAAGUAAUUCUGAAGGGUGAUUGAAGGAAAGUUGUUUGGUCCUUUUAUCUGAUAAUAAAUUCUCUAACUAGA